GGAGAAAAAGGGCGGCGCUCUGGGGUGGCAGAUUCUGCGGCCACCGCGCACCUCGACUGUCGCUGUCGCACCAGGAGAGCCGACCUCACGCGCUGUCGCCGAGGAGCAGCCACCUGGCGCGCCGCGGAGGAGCAGGCCGGGGAUGCAGCAGCCGCCGCUGCCAGUGCCCGGGCCCCUGGCCCUGUUGGACACCACAGAGGGGUUUGUGAGAAGAAAGAAGAUUUCCCUUUGGUUUGUGGGGUCGCUGCUGGUGUUGUCUGUCUUCAUCCUGACCAUCGGCCUCGCCGCUACCACCAGGACAGAGAACGUGACUGUUGGGGGCUACUACCCAGGAAUCAUUCUGGGCUUCGGAUCUUUCUUAGGAAUUAUUGGUAUCAACCUGGUGGAGAAUCGAAGGCAAAUGUUGGUGGCAGCCAUCGUGUUCAUCAGCUUCGGUGUGGUGGCUGCCUUCUGCUGUGCCAUCGUGGAUGGUGUGUUUGCUGCUCGGCACCUAGAAACAAGGCCCCUCACCUUGGGAAGAUGCCAGUUUUACUCCAGUGGCGUGGGAUACUUGCAUGACGUCUACCAGACAGAGGUCACUUGUCACUCCCUGAAUGGCAAGUGCCAGCUGAAGGUGAAGAGCAACACGUGCUACUGCUGUGACCUCUACAACUGCCAGAGGUCCCUCUGUCCCAGCUGGCCUACGGGACGUCUGCGCCACCUCAGAUCCUCUACAACCCUGCUCAUCACAUCCUGGCCUACGCGGGCUUUGGCCCAGCACCCGCAACCCUCCCCACCUGCUCGCCCUACCCUCUGCCGCUCCAGCCGUCCAGCAGCUUCCCAGCCUCGCCCUCCACGGACCUCUCUCUGUCCGAGGACGCACAGCCUCCGUCCCAGUCCAGCUCCAGCUUCGGGCUUCCGCCCAACGCCCCACCUCUCUAUGCCCCAGCUCCUUUCCUCCCGGGGGAAAAGCCUCCUCCCUACGCACCAUGACACAGAGAGGAUAAAUUUAAAAAUUAAUUUUUUUUAUUUGUUAAAAAAACAAAGCAGCGUCUACAAAACCUGCUUCUGUGGCCAACCUCCUAGAGACAUCAGGAGAAUGUUCCAGAAGUCUGUAUCCUCCUUCCCUCCCUGGGCACAUCCAUAGCAAGGAGAGGCCAGGACCAGGGGUGAGGACAGAGCUCCAGGUGACCGAGGCCUGGGCGACACCUCUGCUUGGCUCCUUGCCCAGCAUUUAAACCAGACACCAAAUGGAGCUAAAAUGUCUACCUGGAGCCUCCUCGAUCUGGUGUCCUGUCAUUGCUUACAAAAAACCAAGUUUCAUUUCUACCUAGUUAGUUAUUAGUAUCAUUAUUUUGCAAAGGGAAUAUGACCAGGGGUAUCCAUGGGUAAGGAUCAUUUUUAAAGGAAAUGUGUUGAAUGUUUAUGUAUUUAUGUGUGUCCCCAAGAAGGGGUAGGGUCUCCACCCUCAGUGCUGUGUU